UUUUUGUUUCUAAUUUUUAUUUCAACAAUGACGGCACCAGGAAAUACUUUGGUCGUUCACGUUGUCUCGGCUCGUGGUCUUUACGUCAAAGGCGGAAAAGCAGUUGAUGUUUACUGUUCUCUCUCCACUAUGGGCAAAGGCGCUUGGAAAAGCAAAGUGAGCACAAAUCAACUUAGGUUGGAUCCAUCAAUUCCUGAAACCGAACUUAAAUGGGAUGAACAUUGCGAAUUUCAACUUAACGAAAUGGAUACAAAAUUAGUCAUCCAUAUUAACCAUAAAACUUCAUUUGGCACAACAGAAACAUUGGGGGAAUAUAUUUUUCAAUUAGAAAGGAUGCCUAGAGUUCAACCUUUAGCUUGGUUUAAAUUAUCAAAAGCAGGAAGUGCUCUUAAUCCACAUACCACAACUUCUAAUAAAAAUAGAGGGCAAAUUCAAUUGGGCUUUCAAUUUUCUAAUUCACUCGGCAAUCGCGGGGCUACAUCUGUCUCUAAUAUGUCUUUAAAUAAAAUUGAUAAAGGUAAAUUAUAUCGCCUUCGUCGAAAAAUGCAACAAAUUGGUAGGAAGGCAACGGGUAUGGAUGAUACAAUAUCAAAUCAAGGAGAUGAUUCUCAAUCUUUUGCUUCUGUUUCAAUUAAUAACCAUCUUGGUAAUCAUCAUUAUGGGGCUGAUGAUCAUCGACGUUCUUCUCUUUUGUCUACAAAUUCCGCCGCUCAUUUGGCUCUUUCUUCACCAUCUCCUAAUCCCUCAACACAAUUAUUGCCUGAUGAUUUAACUUCUGGAAUUGGAAGGCAAUUAGCCGAUGAUGCAAUUUCUACACAAUCAACAACAUUUGGUGUUGGAGUGACACCUCGCCAUCCCUUUACUAAUCAAAAUGCGAAUUCUUUAUCUGUACAGAAUAUUCAAAUUAAUGGCUCAAAUCGUAAUAUUGGAGCUAAAGACCAAAGAAAUGCUUAUGCCAAUACAUCAAGUGAAUUACCUUCUUUUGAAAAACAACAUCUUCAUCCUAAUGCUUCUUCUCAAAGUUUUGAUUUUGAACAAAGCUCUAUAGAUGGAAAUCGUUCAAGUAUCUCCGGUGGUUCGGCUUUUGGUGGAAUAAUUGUUACUCCAACUUUGAUUAGAGAGGAGACUCUUUUAAAUGAUGAGGUUCUAUAA